CACUGGCCCAGAAUGCCCUCUGAGGGGAGGUCAAGAUGGCAGCGAGCUCGCUGGAGAGAGAAGAGAAAGAAUUUACGCUGAAGCAUUGUGGCAAAUACGGCUAUGGCGGAAAAAUUGAUGAAAUUCGACAGAAAGAAUUCCAAAGGCUUGGAGAUGCUGUUUACCUUGACAACAUUGCAGCUGCACAAUAUCCAAAGUCAUUAUUGGAGAGAUUUCAAGCAGAUCUAACCAUGAACGUCUACAGUAAUCCCCACAGUGGCAGUCAAAGUAGCCAACACACUACAGAAAUAAUCACGGACGUUCGUCACCGUAUUCUCCGGCACUUCAAUUCCUCUGCAGAUGUGUACUCUGUCAUAUUCACUGCCGGUGCCACUGCAGCAUUGAAGAUCGUGGCAGAGUCUUUUGACUGGAAGCUUGGGGCAUGUUUUUGUUACCUACAGAACUCUCACACAUCUGUUGUUGGUGUAAGGGAGGUUGCUGUAAAGUAUGAUGUGAGGCCAGUCUGUAUUAACGAACAAGAAUUAGUUGGGAAGGAAGUCAAUCAGGAUUGGUUAAACAAAAGAACAGGCUUGACACUGAGUGAUGGCUCCUCUGAUGUUUUAGGACCAAAUCUUUUUGCUUAUCCAGCUAUGUGCAAUUUUUCUGGAAAAAAGCUUCCACUAUCUUGGGUGGGGAGCAUACAAAAUAGCUUAUUGCCAGGCCAAGAUGGCAGGAAUUCCUGGUAUGUGUUACUAGAUGCAUCAUCCCAUGUCAGCACGUCACCUCUGGACCUACAAGUAUGCCCUGCUGACUUUAUUCCUAUCUCAUUCUACAAGAUUUUUGGUUUUCCAACUGGUUUGGGAGCCUUACUUGUGAGAAACAAGAGUGGAAAUGUUUUGAAGAAGGUGUAUUAUGGUGGCGGGACAGCCCUCGCCACUAUUUCAAGUGAAAGAUUUCAUGUACUCAAGAAAGGUAUUGAUGAAAGAUUUGAAGAUGGGACGUUGCCAUAUUUGGAUAUAAUAGCCCUACGGCAUGCAUUUGAUGUUCUUGGCCAAAAGACAGGUUCCAUGUCAGCUGUUAGUGAUCACACUUUUUCCCUAGCAAGAUAUGUUUUUCAAGAGCUGGUCCAACUGAAGCAUGAGAAUGGCACUCCUGUCUUUCAAAUGUACUGCGGUACAGACUUCAGCAGUGAGCAAACCCAGGGUCCUGUCAUAAACUUCAAUGUAGUGAGAGCUAAUGGGGAAUAUGUUGGAUACACUAAGGUUCGGCAGCUUGCCAAUCUCAGCAACAUCCAUUUGCGCACAGGAUGCUUCUGCAACACUGGGGCUUGCCAGUAUUAUUUAAAGCUUUCUAAUGACAAAGUAAAAAGCCAUUUCCAGGCUGGUCAUGUAUGUGGGGAUCAGUUUGACCUAAUUGAUGGUCAGCCAACCGGAUCUGUCAGAAUAUCUUUUGGAUACAUGUCAAAUUUUAGUGAUGCUUGGAAGUUUGUGCAGUUUUUAAAGAAAUGCUUUGUAGAGAAACAAGCAUUUCCCUCCUUAGAAAGCUGUGUUUGUGAGGAAAACAUGAGAGAAGUGAAGGGUGCAAUGGAUGAUGGGGCAGUAAAGAAAAAGCUAAAUGAUAACCUGCAAGAUGAUUCAAGAAAAGAUGUGUUCAACCUUGAACAGAUAUGUUUGUAUCCAGUAAAGUCUUGUGCAGCUUAUAAGGUUUCUAACUGGAGGAUUGGACCACGGGGAUUAAACUAUGAUCGACAGUGGAUGGUCAUCACUGAGUCAGGAGCCUGUGUCAGUCAGAAAAGAGAGCCUAAACUUUGCCUGAUCAAACCUUCCAUUGACCAAGAAUCUGGGCUUUUACUUCUUGAUGCACCAGGUAUGCCGACCUUGCAAGUGCCAUUAUGUCAGAAAGGAUCUGAACUCAUAAGACAAUCAAAAGUCAACAUAUGUGGAGACAGAGUUGAGAGUGAUGACUGUGGUGAUGAAGCAGCAAACUGGUUAAGAGACUAUUUCAAAAAAAGCUAUAGACUUGCACAGCAGAAAUCAGAUGACUGCAGGGGAUCUAAAGGUGAUGGCAAGCAACUCCUUUCUUUGGCAAACACAUCACAAUAUCUACUCAUCAGCAGAGCAAGUGCUUUGGAAAUCCACAGACAGAUGAUGACUUGCAAUGUUGAGAGGUCAGAAGUUCUUGCUGUGGAUAACAUCUUGGACAGAUUCAGAGCAAACUUAGUGAUCAGUGGUGAGAAGCCUUUUGACGAAGACAGCUGGCAAUUCAUGAAAAUUGGUCAAGAACAUUUUGAGUUUCAGAGUGUGUGCACCAGAUGCCGCAUGGUCGGCAAUGACCAAGAAACAGGAAGGACAAUGACAGAGCCUUUAAAAACGCUCGGAAGACUACGAGGGACCAAGGUGAGCACCUUUGGCAUCAACCUGGUGCAUGUGUCUUUGAACAAGCAAGAGAACCACAGACAAGCCAUACUCAGUGUUGGGGACGAAGUUAGAAUACUAAAACAUUGUCAAUAAAAACUCAAAUUGGCUUUUUUCAACACAAGUCGAUAUUUUACGCCCCUGUGAAAAGUCUUAAUUUUUGCGAAAAUAUUCUCAGCACGUUUCGCGAGUGCCCGUCACUAUUGUGUUUGCAGGGGAUUUAAUUUUUCGAAUUUGAAGCUCAAGAGACUUUAUUUUCUUGUUUUUACAAAAGGCCAAUAUAAUUAAAACAAAAGUUAACACGCUGCCCCUUCAGUAGAUUUGACCAGAAUAAAUAGUUAAUUAAUACAUACAUAGUUAAUUAAUUAAUUUAUUUAUUUAUUUACUUAAUUUAUGCUUUUAUCGAUUUAUUUAUCUGGUUAUAUCAUAGAUGUAGACACCGGGCGAAGUAUCAAACUUCCUUUUUUUAAUGCAGGGUAAACUUUUUUUUUUUUUUUAAUUCCUGUAUGUGCUAUUGAAACUCGGUAUAGAAUUUUAUUAUUUGCAAUAAAAAAAAUUGAAUAAGGCAAGACGGAAUUUGGAAGGGGGAAAAAAAAAGGCUCAGGAAAAACAAAAAGGCCCGGACGGGAUUCGAACCCGUGAUCUUUGGUUUACGAGACCAACGCCUUGCCACUUGGCCACCGAGCCAACCACGUGUGCGAAUGAUCGUUUUAUAAUAUUUAUUUGUGUGCUUGUGAUGCCUGUCAAGUAACAUCUUAUUCUUCGGUAUUCACAUCCACUAGAUGUCAAUAACUAAUUAAAUCUACAAACUACAAAUUAA